AUGCUUUCGCCAAGUGAUGCUGGCAUGAAAGUGAGCAACGACAACUUCGUCGACAGCUCACUGUUGACUUUAUCAUCUUCAAGCCCUCAUUUGCAUUACAACGAGCAGUUUUCAUUCGAACCUUCGAAUGACAGUUUCAUAAAGCAUCUGCUAAACUUUACAGCUGAGAAAGGAGAUGGAAUACAAUCAGUUUUAGCAAAUAACGAAAGCUUUAAGCACAACAAUGAACAAGCUUUCAAUUUUGAAGUUUGUGUUGUUACGCACGAUAAUGAAUCGGCUUGGUUUAGUACAGAAUUUCAAGCAACUCUCCAUUUCAUGUACAUAACAAUAUUUUUGAUAUCAAUUUUUGGUAAUGGGAUCGUUUGUUUUAUUGUUUUCACAUCAUCGAGGAUGCAAACGGUUACGAAUUUUUUUAUAGCCAAUUUGGCUUUGAGCGACAUGCUGAUGGCGUUCUUUUGUAUUCCAUUCUCGUUCAUUUCACAGUUUGUUCUACAAUAUUGGCCCUUUGGUUUAGUGCUAUGCAAAUUUGUAAAUUACACUCAAGCUAUAAGUGUGCUUGUCAGUGCGUAUACAUUAGUUGCUAUUAGCAUCGAUCGUUACAUUGCCAUCAUGUUCCCCUUGAAGCCUCGUCUUUCAAAGAGUUAUGCAAAAUUUAUCAUCGUGAUAGUGUGGAGUAUAGCUUUCGGAACUGCGUGUCCUAUCCCAAUCGUUUCAACCCUUCAUCAACCAAACGAAUGGUUUGAAAAAUGCGAUAGAAACAUUUGUGGCGAAAGAUGGAACGAGAGAGAGCACGAAUAUUAUUAUUCCCUAGUUCUGAUGAGUCUACAAUUUAUCAUUCCUUUGGUUGUGUUAGUUUUCACUUACGCACGAAUUGCUGUUGCUGUUUGGGGAAAAAGACCGCCUGGAGAAGCUGAAAAUUUAAGAGAUAUGCGAAUGGCGCGCUCAAAGAGAAAAGUGAGUAAAACUUAA